GUGGGUUGGCUCACAUGGCGCCUGCGCUGCUGAGGCGCCAGUUGCUGUUUGCAGGAAAGUUUUGGGAGCAGCAGCAGGAGCCGGAGGGCUGUAGGGUGACACCUGCAAGGAGGACUUAGCUGCCUCUUCCAGUCCUCUCUCUCGGAAGCUUUCUAGCCAAUGCAGGACAGUUGUACAUUGUGGAUCGCGAGGGAAAUGCAACUGGAAGCCCCAAAGUGUGUGUAGGAACCUGAGCAUUUCACUGAGGGGGUGAUAGGACGAGGCAGGUCUUGAGUCAGCGAGAGAUUCCAUCAGAAGGCAGCAGAGGAGCCUGGAGUUAUGGGACCAGACCCUUCACCUGCCUGAUCUUGCAAAGAAGGACACGUAGCUGUAAACCUGACUGAGCCUUGCAUGUGAGGAGGUGGUAAAUUGGUGUUCAGCAUGGCAGGUGUGCCAACUUUGAUCCUCUUCCUGUGCACUGUUAAGGAUGUUCUACCCUCCAGUUCCCACUGGAAACCAACCUGGCCAUCUUACAAAGUUCCAGUAAUCCUGCCACAAUCUACCCUUAAUCUAGACAAACCACAAUUUGAUGCAGAAACCAAACUGGAGGUAGUAUCCUCUUGCGGCCUAGAGUGCCACAAGCGUUCCCCGCUGCCGACAUACGAAGAAGUGAAGGACUACCUGUCCUAUGAGACCUUGUAUGCCAAUGGUAGUCUUGUUGAAACUGAAGUAGGCAUUUACAUUAUCAGCCGUGGCAGUGAUGGGUCACAAAGCAGAUCUCGAACAAAAAGGCAGAUCUAUGGCUACGACAGCAGGUUUAGCAUUUUUGGCAAGGAUUUCUUGUUGAAUUACCCUUUCUCCACUUCGGUGAAGUUGUCCACAGGUUGCACGGGGACGCUGGUGGCAGAAAAGCAUGUUCUUACUGCAGCUCACUGCAUCCACGAUGGCAAAAGUUACGUCAAAGGAGCCCAGAAACUGAGGGUGGGCUUCCUGAAGUCUAAAGUGAAACAUGGUAACAAAGGGGCUAAUAUCACGAGCUCAAAAAUGCCUGAAAAAAUGAAAUUCCAGUGGAUCCGAGUGAAACGGACACAUGUCCCUAAAGGAUGGAUCAAAGGAAAUGCCAACGAUAUCGGCAUGGAUUAUGACUACGCCCUGUUGGAGCUCAAGAAGCCACACAAAAGAAAAUUUAUGAAGAUAGGCGUGAGCCCACCAGCUAGACAGUUGCCUGGAGGGAGGAUUCACUUCUCUGGCUAUGACAAUGAUCGCCCAGGAAAUCUGGUUUACCGUUUCUGUGAUGUCAAAGAUGAAACAUUUGACCUCUUGUAUCAGCAGUGCGAUGCCCAGCCAGGGGCAAGCGGGUCUGGAGUGUAUGUGAGGAUGUGGAAGAGACAGCAUCAGAAAUGGGAGCGUAAAAUUAUUGGAAUAUUUUCAGGGCAUCAGUGGGUGGACAUGAAUGGCACCCCACAGGAUUUCAAUGUGGCUGUUCGCAUCACACCCCUCAAAUAUGCACAGAUCUGUUACUGGAUCAAAGGCAACUAUCUUGACUGUAGGGAUGGAUAAAGACAAUGAACCUUUCAGAAAGCACUUAAUAGCCUUAAUUACUUAUCCAAGGAAAAGCCAAACUUCUAUUGUUAUGAAUAUGUGUGAUUCUAUUUUGAAACACCUAGACAUAAUUUAUAAAAUUACAAGCGGGCCACCUUGUUCUUUGGAAGGUGAUUGUGUGACAUAAUUGCAGUUAGAAAAUGUUAAUUUGAGGAGGUAGAAAAACUGUUGGGAGGGAGAGCGAGGUUGGUAAACAAUGCAAAAUCUGAAGGUGUCCAAAGAGCUGUAUGAAAGGAAUGCUACUGGGUAACUCACACCUGCUUUGUUUGUACCUCAAACACAGGAUUAAUAGAAAUAUUUUAAUCUGAAAUUUUAAAUGAAAAUAUUUCUAUUAUAUUGGAGGUAAAAAAGGAUGUUUAACAACAAACCCCCACCUGCAGUGUUUGCCACCCACUAAUGCAUGAGAACCAGAAUGCAAGAGAGACUAGGCUUACAUUGUUGAAGGUGAAUGUCAUGCAAAUAACAUAUAGGGUAAAUAAAUAGAUGUGAUUUUUCCAAUUUUAAUGUUUGAGUGAUUUGAGGCUUUAUGAGUUAACAUAGGUAAGAAAAUACUUUUUAAACAUAUAGGGCAUAAUCAUGCAAAGCCAGGCAUGCAUGGAAUUGGAGUCACACAAGUGGUGCCAUUGAGUUCUGCUCACUUAAGUAGGGUUAUACGUGGGAUUAAAUUUUUAGCAUCUGGGCCACAGUUGUUAACAUGACAGUGUCCCUAUACUUAUAUUUAUAUAGAAGGUGUAUAGGGGAAGAGAGUUGUUUCCUUUUGUGACUUAUCUAGAUCUUUAAUCAAGGAAAAUUUCUAGCCCUCAGCAUCCCCUCCAGCAAUGCAAGCCCUUUGGGAGGGGAGAAGAACCAUCCUUAGUCUUUUUGGCUUCCUAAGUUGUAAGGCCUUAAAGUAAAUAGAAGGAGAGAAGAUGAUGUAGUUGUUACUGCAUUUUUCCUUCCAUUCCUUGAAAAUCAAUGCCCUUCUUCCCAUAGAUGGAUGAGAAAGAAAGAAAAGAUUUGUUAACUAGAUUUCUAUGUGUAUCUCUGCCACCCCACUUUGACAGUGUACCUUAACCCAGAUCUUGACUACUUAUUUUUUCUUACUGCAUUUGGGGCAGUUUUCUUUCAAAAUUGCAAGUUAUGAGCAGUUCUUGACACACACAACUCACCAGUUCUACAGCUGGUUUGAGCUAAUUGAAAGAGCCAAAUUGUAGGACAUAAUCCAAAAUAUGGAUAAAAUGAUGCACUGAUGUCUCUUGUAGACAUUGAUGCCUGUAAUUUUACUGUAGUAAAAUCAUAAUUCCAACAAAAACUACCUUUUUAUGGGUUGCGAAAACCCAGCCAAAUACUGUUGUGUAGCAAACAAUGUCAGUAAAACAAAGAACUUUCUAUACAUAAUAUUUCUCAGGUGGAUUACACCACUGUAUUUCAGUAACAUUGCUAGGCUGGUGUCAUGGCAGCCUGUCACCACUCUUUAAAUAGGAAGGCAGACACUGGUUCAAACUCCAGUCCCCAUUCCAUCCAUGCAUCUCCCACUAACUUCUGAAGCUUGUUGAGUUAUGCACAGAUGUUACCAGGGCAAAGAGCAGCACUGUCCAGCAAAAUGGCUGAGCUGAACAGAUUGAGUCUAGGUAGACUUGUUCCUGAGCUUAUUAUGAAAAUUGUAAUUCAGUUAAGCCUUAUUUUUCUUUCACUUUACUAAUUUUUGUGGUAUGGGAAACACACUCCUGAUGGUGCUUGAUCUUUCUAGAGGCUUUGGCUCUAGUUCUGAAAGCCAUUUUUGCUAGAGCAGCCUAAAGAUAUUUUUGAUAGCAGGUGCAGUGUUCAAAACUGUGGUACCCUUCCUUGCUGGGUGUUUGCACUCAGAUAAAUACAGUUACUAAUGCUUUAAAAUAUGACUAAUCACAAUAUGUAUUUGACAGACUUCUUCUGCCUUUUUUAUUCUAGAUUUACUUUAUUUUGUGGCUGUUAGCCGAGCACUUCUGUUUGAAUGUAUCACAGUGAAUAAAGAAAAGUAAUGGAAUUUCAGUGCAGACACUCUUGUACUUGUACCAUACCUGGGUUUGUAACUUCAGUCUCUUUUAGCUGUUACUUAUUUGUAAAGACAUUCAAAUACAAGCACAGUUGUAUCCACA